AUGACACAAGUUCAACAAGGACUUCGACAAUUACAUGCAGCAGCACCGAAUCUAUUUCAAAUCGAUGAUUUAUUAUCUAAUCUUCGUUUUGGUCCAACUGGUUUAUCUUUACCAGCUAAUAAUGAACCUUCUUCAUCAUCAACUACUCAACCUACACCAUUUGAUUCAAUAGCUAUUGGUAAUACAUCAUUAUUACAUGAUCCAAAUAAUCAUGCAGGUGUAUUUGGUCAAAUGUCGAAUAUGAUAUCAAAUCAAAAUAUGAAUACACCACCAGAUCAACAAUAUGCUGUUCAAUUAGAACAACUUGUUUCAAUGGGUUUUACUAAUCGUGAAGCAAAUUUACAAGCUCUUAUAGCAUCAGUGGGAGAUAUAAAUCAAGCGAUUAAAUGGCUUCAAUCUCAUGAAUAA